UAAUUAUAUGUAAGAUUUCAACAUCCACCUAUGGAAAUUUUGUAAAAAUUAAGAUGAACAUAGAAAAUGAACAGAAAAAUCUAAAAUGAGGAAACACAACAAAACAAAGGCCAAUAGAAAAGGAAAAUGUGGAGUUUAUGUUGUCUCAAAUAAUGAUACGUGGACAUGUUGAUACAUGCAAUAACAUGCAAUAUUUUCCAAAUUCCACCGUCUCAACCUCUUACAUAAAUACACUCACCCUUUCUACACAUCUCAACAUUUCCCCAAAGGUGAUAAUAAAUUUUUACUAAUAUUUUUUGGGGUUGCAUACUUAUUUUCUGAGACCAAUUUCUCUCAAAAUUUGAAGGUGUGAAAUGAAGCCACCGAGUGGGUAUGGUGGGCCGGGCCCAGGCCGGAGAUCGGGCCUGAUCAAUGGGUUUCUCCACAACUUGUGCACUGCUAUCUGUUCUUGCUGUUAUGUCUUCUCUUGUUGUUGGCUGGUUGAAGACUGCUUUUCGAGCCAACGUAGCUUCCCUUGGCCGGCUUAUGGAUCACCGGAGCCGCCGCCGCCUCCGCCGACGGUGGUGACGGGGCAUCAGCAUCAUGGGCUAUUGGGCUCUGUCAUGGGUGGCCCACCGGGCCCACCAGGCCCGUUUGGUCAGCCCGGCCCAUAUGGUUACUCUGAGGAGCCGCCUCCUUAUAGAUGAUAUAUAUGCAUCACUGAAAUAAUGUUUGUUCC